AUGUCCUCCGAAUCACCUGCUGCCUUCAAGGCAGAGUCUUCGACCCCAUCUCCAGGUGCCGAGUCGGCCACCACUCCGAACACAUCUGCUUCCAUCGCCUCGAAUCCGCCAGGAUCAGCGCCCACUUCAGCGAAUGGUGCUCGCCGACCUCCACGAAAGAGUACCCUGACCCAACAACAAAAGAAUCAGAAAAGACAGAGGGCUACCCAGGACCAACUGGUCACUCUUGAAACCGAGUUCAACAAAAAUCCUACUCCAAAUGCUGCCACCCGUGAAAGGAUAGCAUCGGAGAUCCAGAUGACAGAGCGCUCUGUCCAGAUUUGGUUCCAGAACAGCCGACGCCGAGCCAAGAUCAAGAUGCUUGCUAAGAAAGGCAUCGACAUUGGUGACGAUGUCGAUGGACUGCCAGAGUCUAUGAGACAGCUGAUUGCUAUGCAGGCUAUGGAAGGUGGCCGGCCGUUCCCUCGAUCUUUGAUGGGUCGGCCAGGCGGGCCCAUACCAUAUGGCAAUGGCAUGCUCAUAGGUGGUGAUCCAAAUGCUGCUGGUAAAGUUGUCAUUCACCACUUCACUUGCCGAUCGUUGAGCAUCGGGACUUGGCGCCGUGUCGGACAGAACGCGAUGGAUCUGGUUAUCUUCUAUUCGCCCGACAAAGCCUGCAUAACCUAUUACAUCAACAAUGACUCGGCAGGGUACAAGAUCGAAUUCCCCUUUGCCUUCAUCAAGAGCAUUCAACUUGAGGCUGGCGAGACUGGACCGGGCGUCAAUGGCUCCCCACCCCGUCCUGGCGGUCUGGUCAUUGAGCUCACACGCCCACCUCAAUUCUUCAUGGAUUCAUCAGGCUCCGGUGGUUUCUUCCAAUGCGGCGACUUCACAGAAGACCAGCAAGCAUCACAAAUCCUGACGCAUCAUCUUGGUGGUCAUCCUAAGGUUUUGAGCGGUCAACUCGCCAAGUUGGUCUCCCUCGAGUCGUUCCAGAAUCGUAUGAAUCCCUUCGACCCUCACGCAAUGCCUGCGUCAGCUCCAACAUCACCAAACAUGGGCAUCGUUCGACCCUCGUCGCAGCCGCACUUCGCUCGCCCACAUCCGCCGCAUGUGGGCAUGUACCAGGAGAAUCAUUUUGGCAUCAGCCACAUCUGCAUCCCGGUCGUAUGCACGGAGGUCACAAGAGACAGCGAAGUCGUCCCUACCUUCAACUUCCAGCAACCGUCGCCUCAGCUACCGCCUGACGGACAUCAGCAGUUUCACCAUCCGAUGCCUCAGCACCCAAUGCACGCUCCCCUAGGGCCUAACCUCCAGAUUGACACCUCUGCUGGGUACGGCAUGGAUUUCCGACAUAUGCCUCCUCAUUCGGCCACAGCGACUUCGCCGUCGGAGUUUGCUUCUCCUGGCUUCUUCCCCUCCAAUCCUGGCAAUGUCCCACCAACAGACUUUGGCACUCCUCAAUAUAACAUGCCGUUCCUGUCGCCAUCACCUAUGGUCGAGCAGGGCAACAUGCAAAUGGCCAAUGCAGUCUCGCCCACCCCCCAGAUGGCGCAUCACGACCCCGUCAUCGCCAGCAACUCGCCUCCACUGCACAACAUUCCUCGUAGUGCCUCAGCUGAUAUGUUUAGCAUGGGCCACCACGGCCCCUCUAUGCAUGAUGAGACACUGAUGCUGGGUGAGAUGUACUCGAAGCAGAACCUCAACUUGCCCAUGCCUAGUCCUGCCUUUGACGAUAAUGGCAUGAUGCUGCACGACAUGUCAGAAUAUCACACACCUCGGGACGACGUCCAGAUGCCAUUGACGCCUUUUGGAACCAUCGACCCCAAUCACUUGCAGGGUGGCCUCCACCACUGA